GCUGCGAUCAAACGGCAUUGCACGAACAUAUUAGGUGCAACGCACGGAAAGUUCUCCGACAGUUGAUCGAGCAAAGUUGAGUUGUGCGGAGGCAAAAAGCGACUGCACCCUAAAGCUGCGGGUGCGCGAUUACCAUUCCGUGGUCAGUUCCUGGACGGUGCGUGGUCGGUCUGGUCGGUUGUUGUAGCCAUACCGGCGAAAUAAUAUGUGAUUUUAAUACCGAAUAGUUAGUGUUGUGCUACUGUGUUGCCGCCAGCAUUGGGGCUAAGCUAAUUGCGCAAUAUCAUACGGCGUGGCAGUGUAACGAAAGCGUUCGCAUACCGACGAUCGGUCGGCAGACGGCUAGUUGAGUGUGUGCGCAGUGCGAUCAGUUUGUACGAUCGAUUGUACCAUACCGGGCCGCUGGCAGAAGGUACCGGAAAAUGAAGGUAUUUGCAUACCUUCUUUGCCUGUGGGGAUGGUAUGCGGGAGCAUCCCUGGCUAUACCGCAGGCGGUAGUGCAGCGUGAUGAGCUUACCGAGGAGCAGAUGGCAACGACCCUGGAGCAGUACGAUCAGGACGUGCGCUAUCACUGCAACAUCAAUGCGCUAGCAAACUGGAAUGUGGCGACUGAUACGGAGAAUGAGUACUUCCAGGAAGUACAGAACAAUGUAUCUCUGGAGUAUGCAAAAUUCCGCACGGAAUACUACGAACAGUACUUUAAGAGCGCCAACGUGGACAGGUAUAAGAGCGAAAAGAUUCGCAAACAGCUGCGAUUGCUGAAAGAUCUAGGGACAGCCGCCCUGCCGGCCGAAAAGUUGGCCACACUGAACCGUGUGUUGCGGAAAAUGGACACCGCCUAUCAGCUUGCCGAGGUGUGUCCGUAUACGAAUCAGCAGUGUGGCCCGAGUGACGCGAAAUGGACACUUGAUCCGGAGCUGGAGAAGGUGUUGGCCGAAUCGGGCGAUUACGAUGAGCUGGAGUACGUGUGGCGACGCUGGCGCGAAGAAUCGGGCAAGAAGAUGCGCUCGGAUUAUAAGGACUAUGUGCAGUUGGUAAAUGAGGCAGCUAAACUGAACGGGUACGAGGAUUAUGGUGCCUUGUGGCGUUCGAAGUACGACGAUGCGCAGCUACGGGACACGCUCGAGCGGCUCUGGAGAGAGGUCGAACCGUUGUACGAUGAGCUGCACAGCUACGUGCGGUACCGGCUGUUCGAGCUGUACGGUGAUCGUAUGGAUCCGGCGAACCCCAUGAUUCCGGCCCAUCUGCUCGGCAACAUGUGGGCCCAAUCGUGGGCCAAUAUGUACGAUCGACUGAAGCCGUUUCCGAACGCAAGCCUGGUCGAUGUGACGGCAAAAAUGAAAGAGCUAAGCUACAACGCCACGAAAAUGUUUGAAAUGUCGGACGAAUUCUACCAGAGCAUGGGCUUGCCGAGCAGCGCAAUGAGCUACGGGCCGAAGGCGGUGAUUGUGAAACCACCGCAGAAGAUCGUUUGCCACGCGUCGGCAUGGGAUUUCUGCGACGGAGAAGAUUUCCGCAUCAAGAUGUGCACGAACGUUAACAUGGAGGACUUUGUGACGGUGCAUCACGAGAUGGGACACAUCAUGUACUACAUACUGUACAAGGAUCAACCUUUCCUGUUCCGUACCGGGGCAACGCCAGCGUUCCACGAAGCGGUCGGCGAUACGAUCGCCCUGUCGGUGGCCACACCGAACCAUCUGCGCAAGGUAGGUUUGCUGGACGAGUACGAGGACAGCCAGGCGGACAAUGUGAACGCGCUGUUUGAGAUGGCACUGGAACGGGUGGCAUUUCUGCCGUUCGGCUAUCUGAUCGAUAUGUGGCGCUGGGAUGUAUUCAGCGGCGCUGUGAACGAAACCGAAUGGAACGCACACUGGUGGAAGCUGCGCGAAAAGUACCAGAAGGUGUAUGCGCCGGUUCCGCGUUCGGAGGACGAUUUCGACCCCGGUGCAAAGUAUCAUAUUCCGGCCAGCUCGCAGUACAUCGCGUACUUUUUAGCACACAUUCUGGAGUUUCAGUUCUAUCGUGCACUGUGCAUCGAGGCGGGUCAGUACGAUCCGACGCAAAAGUCUACCCAACCGCUGCACAAGUGUGAUUUUUACAACAGCAAAGCGGCUGGCGAUAAGCUGCGUGAAGGGCUUUCCCUUGGCUACAGUGAAGAUUGGCAAGAUGCGCUUGAGAAGCUGACGGGAGAGCGGGAGAUUAGUGGCCAAGCGCUGUUGGAAUACUUUGCACCGUUGUAUGAGUUUUUGAAGGCGGAAAAUCGAAAGUUUAAAGCGGCGGACAUGAAAAACAUUGUUGACCGGUACAGUGAUCAGUACUCGGUGGCAUGCAAUAGGCAGGUGAAGGCACAGUACGCCACGCAGGUCAAUGUUGGCAAUCCCGAGCUACAGCAACAGCUGACCGAAGUACUGGCCGAAAACACGCAAUUCGUGCUGGACAACUACAAUCGCUACUUUGCCGACGUUAAUCCGCAGGACUUUUCCGCGGAACCUAUGUUGAGCCGGCAGCUGACGUUUUUGACGCAAAUUGCGAUCAACAAGCUUCCGUCCCAGGAUCUGGCUAAGCUACAAAACGCUCUGGGUAGAAUGCAGAACACCUACAGCAGCGCAACGAUUUGUCCGUUCGCUGAUCAGCAGUGUACUGAGGGGAAACUAUCACUGGAUCCCGAGCUGUACGAAAUUAUGGCCAAGUCCGAGAACUACGAUGAGCUACAGUACGUAUGGCAGGAAUGGCGGCGCAGCACGGGACGCAACAUGAAACGCGACUACAUGGACUAUGUGGAGCUGAUGAAUCGGGCCGCUCGGCUCGGUGGCUUCGAAGACAUGGGAGCGUUGUGGCGAUCGUCAUUCGAGCAGGAGGACUUUGUGGAACACAUGAAGCGUCUUUGGGACGAGCUGAAGCCUUUCUACUCUGAGUUGCAUCGGUAUGUACGCCGCAAACUGAAAGCGCUCUAUGGAGAGCGAAUGAACGACGCCAAUGGCAAUAUCCCGGCCCAUCUGCUCGGUAACAUGUGGGGUCAGUCGUGGGUGAAUCUGUACGACCGAACGAAACCCUUCGCAAACACGGUUGACUUGGACAUAACGGAAGCCUUAAAGACGAAGAACUAUACCACUCGGCAGUUAUACGAGAUUGCAAACGAUUUUUAUGUCGGACUCGGUCUGCCCGACAACAGCAUGAGCUACGACACCGAGCUGGGUGCGAUGAUAGAGAAGCCGACGGACGGGCGCAUCGUGACGUGCCAUGCGUCCGCGUGGGACUUUUGCGAUCGGAAGGAUUUCCGCAUCAAAAUGUGCACGCGCAUGAAUAUGGAGGACUUUGUGACGAUUCACCACGAGAUGGGCCACAUUAACUACUACAUACUGUACAAGGAUCAGCCGGUGACGUUGCGCAGCGGUGCAAAUCCGGGCUUUCACGAGGCGGUCGGUGAUACGAUAUCGCUAUCGGUGGCCACGCCGAAGCACUUUGAAAAGAUUGGCCUGCUGCAGGGCUACAACGAUACGUACGAGGAGAACAUCAAUGCGCUGUAUCAGAAGGCGCUCGAUCGUGUAGCGUUCCUACCGUUUGGGUUGCUGAUCGAUAUGUGGCGUUGGGAGAUUUUCGAAGGAAAUCUGGAGUAUGACCGUUGGAACGAGCGUUGGUGGGAACUGCGGGAAGAGUAUCAGAAGGUCGCGGCUCCAAUUGCAAGGGAUAGUGACGAUUUUGACCCAGGAGCAAAGUACCACGUUCCUUACGAUAGCCAGUACGUGUCGUACUUCAUUGCGCACAUCCUGGACCUGCAGCUGCAUAGGGCGCUCUGUAAGGCAGCCGGUCAGUAUGAUCCGAAUGAUGCGGCCAAACCACUGCACAAGUGCGAUAUCGACGGAUCGCGCGCUGCUGGCGAUCUGUUGCGAGCGGGACUUUCGCUUGGCCGAUCGGUACACUGGUCGAAAGCAUUGAAAGCCAUGACGGGUGAGACGGAACUGCGCACGGAUGCGCUGCUGGAAUACUACAAACCAUUAUACGAAUUUUUGAAGGAGGAAAACGCGAAUGCUGGAACUGCUCGUAUGGCAUCCGCGUCGAUCAGUCUACUGUUGGCGGCUUGUGUGUUGUUUGUGUUGAAAUUGUGUUAGGACUGUUUUGAUAAUAUUUUUUAUUGUUGCAUUCCGUUUGUAUUGUUAAAAAGUGUUUGAUUUUCUGUUUUCCGUUUUCAUCUUACCAUAAGCAAAUUGCGAGUGGGAAAGAAGCUCAUUGGUAAAAAUAUACUUUCUUAUCGCAAGGGGCUGCGAUAAGUGUUUGGUGCCAAUGUCCGCGAAAGGCGCGACGCUACGCAGUACGCUAAAGUGGUCGUGUAUUGUGCUGGUCAGUGAACGCCAAUUGAUAGAUAACAAUGUUAAAUUACUUGCAGCGGUGCUGCACGUUCAGGAGGAGGAGUCUUAUUAGCGUUCGUGCGGAACAUUGUUGUUGUUCUUGUUGCACGUUUUGCUGAAAGUUUGGUUAAAAAAAACAAGUGUGCCGUGAGACUGGGACGCUUAAAAUGGACUGAUGUGAGAUGAUAAAAUGUAUAAAUAAAAACUGAAACUGUUUUAAGAUUGAAUGUGCAGCUCAACGAUAUCAAAUAAACUGGGCACGAAAA